CCGACAAAAGCAGGGGACCAGGCACCCAACAUUCAGUUAGAUUUUGCUGUGACUACGUGGAUAUCGUAUUAUUUAACUUCAAUAAUAUGUGCAUUCAAAAGUGAACGCGUUACGAAAUUAUAAUAAAAAUGGACUUGCUAUCUAGAUACAGACGAUUUUCUAUUCCAAAGAGGACGAGCGAGCUUAUAGCUUUGGUUGCAGUUUCUACGACAUUGUUUCUUUUCAUACAUACAAGAGCUUUACACUCUAGAUUAAAAGAAAUGCAAUUUAAACUUCAACCUGAAGACAUUGCAUCGAGUAACGAAUUUGGAUCCACUCUUGUUAAAGAGCUGCAAGAUAUUACAGUUACUUCGCUAACGGACGCAAACGCAAUUUCAAAUUUGGAUCCAGUUUUUACGAACAAUACAAGAAAGGCUAAGCAAGACAUCAUUUUUUUUAACAGAGUGCCUAAAGUUGGCUCCCAAACAUUAAUGGAACUGGUUCGAAGGCUUAGCAUCAAGAAUAAUUUCGGGUUUCAUCAAGACCACGUACAAAGGGUGGAAACUAUUAGAUUGUCGCCAGAAGAUCAAGCAGCUCUGUCGUCGUUGGUGUCAAGUUAUGAACCCCCUGGGGUCUACAUUAAACAUGUUUGUUUUACAAACUUUUCGCAGUUUGGGCAACCACAUCCGAUUUAUAUCAAUUUAGUGCGUGACCCUGUUGAACGUGUAAUUUCCUGGUAUUACUAUGUUCGAGCUCCAUGGUAUUAUGUGGAGCGAAAAUUAGCUUUCCCAGAUAUUCCACUUCCGGAUCCUAAGUGGCUUAAAAAGGAUUUUGAAUACUGUGUAUUAAGUGGUGAUCGAGAAUGCACAUACUUGACUGGAGAAGUACAUGAAGGUAUUGGAGACCAUAGACGCCAAUCAAUGUUCUUUUGUGGCCAUCGAUCCGAGUGCUUACCAUUUAACACUAAAGGAGCAUUGGAAAAAGCGAAAAGAGUCGUUGAACAACAUUAUGCUGUGGUGGGAGUGCUUGAAGAUUUAAAUAAAACUUUAAUCGUUUUAGAAAACUACAUACCAAAAUUUUUUACAGGAGCAUCUUCUAUUUACUGGAAUGAGAUAAGCAGAUUCAAUCAUAUUAAUAAGAAUGGAUUUAAGCCAUCUGUCAGUGAAGAUGUGAAAAAGAAAGUGAGAUCCAACUUUACAAGAGAAAUUGAAUUUUAUCAGUUUUGUAAGCAAAGACUUCAUAAGCAGUAUUUAGCAUUAAAGACAUCUAACGAGAUAAGGAUUUAAGCUAAAAUGCAUAUAUAAAAUAAUUACACAUAAUAUCAAAUUUUUGUUAGCCGAUGUAAUUUUAGCAAAAUAAAUCCUCCAAAUUUC